UACGAGAGUAGACUCCUAGUUAAUAGAAUGCAUCCUUUAAGCAUUUUAAGAGGUCCUAUUUGCUUGAACUGUUUAUCAAAGUGGUCACCAUGGAGACAAAUGUCAACAAAAAACACUAUAGAACCUCCAUUAUCAAAGAAACAGCAGAAAAGAAAAGUGAAGGAAGAAUCAAUUACACAAUAUGCUGGAGAUAAUUCUAAGAGAGCAGAUAGAGUUUAUGCCUGGGGUUGUGCUUCAACAGGGGCAAUAGGAAUUCCGUCAUAUUUAAAGCCUGAGAAAAAAGGACAACAUCCAAUAUACACAGUUAGACAGCCAGCUAGAGUUAAAUUUAUGGACAGAGCUAAUCUCAAGGUCACCAAAGUGGGUUGUGGGUAUGGUUUUACUGUUUAUGUCACCACAAGUUUCCGUGGUAACAGGUUAUAUGGCACAGGAAUAAAUACAGAUUCGCAAAUUGGUUAUCAUGAGUUCCCAAGAAAUACAGGUCGAGUGCUAGACUAUGUGAUAGAACCCGUCCUGAUAGACCUCCCACUUAAUCACAGGGACACAACUAACAUAACACAGGUAGCUUGUGGUAGAGGUCAUACACUGGUACUCACUGAUAAAGAAGGAGUGUUUACAUUGGGGAACAAUGCCUAUGGACAGUGUGGGAGACCUAUAGUGGAAGGCGAGGUGUACGGACAGAAUCCUAGAGUACAUAAAAUAAAGGACAUUCCUGACAAUAUUGCUAAGAUAGUUUGUGGCCAUGAUCAUAGUUUUUUAUUGACAACAGAUGGAGAGGUGUAUAGCUGUGGAUUAGGUUGUGAUGGACAAACAGGUCUGGGUCAUUACAGAACAACUUCUCAACCAACUAAGAUAACAGGAGGGAUAGAGGGAGUUAAGAUUACUCAAAUAGCAUCAACUGGGGAUUGUGUGUUAGCAUUGUCAGAGGAGGGGGACGUGUUUGCAUGGGGGAAUUCAGAGUACAACCAGUUGUCUAUAGUUACAGAUCAGACACAAAUUAAUACACCCAAGUAUUUACCACUGAAGCAUUGUGGGAAAAUUAUAAAAGCAGCUUCUGCUGGAUCCAAAUGUGCAAUAGUCAAUACUAAAGGAGAACUAUUUGUAUGGGGUUAUGGUAUAUUAGGUAAAGGUCCAAAGUUAGAAUCGGCUCCAGAACCAGAAAUGAUUCCUCCCCCAUUGUUUGGAUGUAACGAGUUAGAACCAGAUGUAUCAGUUAUAGAUGUUGUAUGUGGCCUUCAUCACUUUGUGGCACUCACAAAUAAUGGAUCUGUGUACACAUGGGGCAAAGACAAACAUGGAUGUUUAGGUCUUGGCAUUCAGAGGGAUCAAUAUUUUCCAUUAAAGGUGUCCAUACCAGCAGAGACUCAUAGUAUACAAUGUGGAGUAGAUCAUACUGUAGUGUUAUGUAAAUCAUUUUGCUAAUGGUACCACAACACAUCAUAUAAUUCAAAGGGUUGUUUUAUGUACCAGAUUAUGUUGACAAAGACUAUGUCAGAAGUGUUUUAUAUACUGUAUGGAAUAGACUAUUCAGGUGGUCUACAAAAAUUACUCUGUUUGCUGGUUGGCUGCAUUGAUGGAAACGUUGUGAGGAAAAGAAUUUUGGUGCAGUUAAAGACUAUUUGUAAAAUCAUCAUAUGACUGUUUUAAAACAUAGAAAUUGUCAGAUAAAAAUUUAUACUGCCAAAAAUAUCUGUGAUAAAAUUUUAAAGUUGUUUUUGUUUGACUAUUUUUUCUUGGUCUCUACCCUGUUCAUGUUUAAAUGUUUUUUUGGUCCAUUUGGUAUUUUCUUCACAUUUUGUGCCUAUUAUUCUCUAUUCUGUAAGUCCCCAUCUACACCCUCAGGGAAUUAACCUAUAAAUAGCUACAAUCUGACACCUAAGUUAUCAUCAACUUCCUAUAAAUGUUUGAAAGAUUACCAGCACCAACUUUAUUGAUCAAAAUCAGUAGUCCUAUACUAAUAUGAUGUAGACAUAUUGACAAAAUUAAAGGAGACUAGUUUGCUCAAGUUGAAUAGGGUCACUACAGUUAUUGAUAUCACAUCAAGUAAAAAAAUUUUAGCCAAAAAAAACCAGUGGCCUUCAAAGGAUUAGUUUUAUUAAGAUCCUCUUUAUAAGCUCAUAAACCAGUGCAAAGGAGAGAGAGAGAAAUGAAAUUGUGCACACAAGUUUUUAUAUUGUUUCAGUGCUUUAUUUAAAGUGAUCUUAAAUCUGUAACAGUCUUCUACCCAAUUACACCAGUCUCAAAUCCAGUUCUAAAACAUAAGUAAAAGGAGUCAUUUAAGUAAUUAAAUGAAUUACAAGGAACCAAAAUAUCUCAAAUUUUAUUUAAAAAAACGAAGAAUUGCAAAAAAAUAAAGUAGUACAAACACAGAAAACCAUGAACACAAUUAGGGACAAAUUUAAACACUUCUUGUCAUACAUAAAAGAAAACUGUUUCUAUGCUUACAUUUUUCUUUGACUGCUCAGUUUUUGGUGACAACUUUAUAUAGUUUGUUUUCGGCUUAUGAUUUUGAAUGUCCCUUUGGUAUCUUAGCUAUCGUGUCUCUUUAAAACUCAACAAAUAAAACGAGACGAACAUUUCAAGCCUUUUGUUACUUUGUAUACUAUUGAUACGGGACUGUGUGUAUAUUUUCAUAUCUGUUUACUAUAAAAAUAUCUCAUGAUUGUCAUAUCCAUGUGAAACUAAGACUUCUUCAAGACAUAGUACACUCGGACUGCAAUAAAAACUAACUGAUG